AUGUCCCUUGUGUCCAAAUUUGGAGUUAUAACCCGUCGUUUGGCCACUGCGGCCGAGCCCUUGUUCCCCAACAGGGCUAUCCCACCGGCAUACACGCUGGCCACGCUGCGAUCGUUCCCGUCGCUUGAACCCCACGCCAUGUUCCCCGUCCAUAAUGCAUUCCUCAACACCCCGAUCAGAAGAGACAUCCUGUGGCUUGCCGUUGUCAUGGAGCUCGAUAACAUCCGUGUCGGAGCGUCCAACCCGCCCGACAGAAGUCAGCACAAGUUCUCCAGACACAAACUUAGACCGCAAAAGGGAAGCGGAAUGGCCAGAGUUGGAGACGCCAACUCGCCAAUCAGAUACCGUGGAGCGUACGCACUGGCUCGCACGGCCCCCAACGACUUCUCGUCGGAGCUGCCCGAGAAGGUGUACCACGCUGCGUACCGCACGGCGCUCAGCAGCGCGUACCAGGCCGGAAAGCUGUUUGUGAUUGGCAAUCUGGAAAAUAGCGAGUCCAAGCUGCUGCCGGGCGACUCGUUCGACUUGGAGACCACACAUAGCCACCCGCACGCGGUUGCCAUGUUCGUGAAGAAACACGGGCUCGAGAAACUCAACCUGCUGUUCAUUCCUGAGGAGUACGACCCGGAGUCGAACCUGGUCAAGGCUGUGAAGCAGUACGGCAACAGGGCGCGGAUUCUACGGAAGGAGGACGUCGAGGUCAGAGACCUGUUGAAGGCGGACCGUCUGGUGGUGUCGAAAGAGACGCUCGUUUACUUUGCCAGCAAGUACACCAAGCACAUACUGUAA